AUGGGACGAUUGGCGCGAUUUCUCAUCUACGUUACCAGUCUUCUCUUCCUCCAAAAUAAUGUUAUUUCAGUCGAGAUCCUUUCGAAAUCGAAGCUUGAAAAGUGCGAGAAAAGUACGGGCUCCGACGACAAACUGAGUUGCACCACCAAGAUCGUCAUCAACAUGGCCGUUCCUAGCGGUUCCAGUGGCGGCGAGGCGUCGGUCGUGGCGGAAAUUGUAGAGGUGGAGCAGAAUUCUACGAAUAACAUGCAGACGUUACGGUUUCCGCCAGUUAUAACGGUCAACAAAUCCGCUUCAUACGCGCUCUACGAAUUAACAUAUAUUCGAGAUGUUUCUUAUAAGCCUCAAGAGUUUUUUGCUAAGACACGCAAAUGUCAGCCGGAUGCUGGGGCUAGUGUUGUCAAGAUAUGUGAGAGGUUGCGCGACGAGCAGGGUCACGUCAUUGAACAUACUCAACCUAUUUGCUGUCCUUGCGGCCCCCGAAGGCGGGCACCUUCAUCUUGUGGAAAUAUCUUUGACAAAUUGAUAAAAGGAAAGGCCAAUACUGCUCAUUGUCUCCGAUUCCCAGGUGAUUGGUUCCAUGUUUUUGGCAUUGGGCAGCAGUCAAUUGGGUUUAGCGUUAGAAUUGAGAUGAAGACAGGAAAUAAAGUUUCGGAAGUUAUUGUAGGGCCUGAAAACAGAACAGCAACAUCCGCUGACAAAUUUCUAAGGGUCAAUCUUAUUGGAGAUUUUGUUGGAUAUUCAAGUAUUCCUACAUUUGAGGACUUCUACCUGGUCAUUCCAAGGCAGGGUGGUCCAGGUCAACCCAAUUAUUUGGGAAGGAAUCUUUCUAUGUGGAUGUUGCUUGAGAGAGUGAGAUUUACCUUAGAUGGUGUUGAAUGCAACAAAAUUGGUGUCGGUUAUGAGGCUUUCAAUGGUCAGCCAAACUUCUGUUCAGCACCAUUUUGGAGUUGCUUGCAUAAUCAGUUGUGGAAUUUCUGGGAAGCUGACCAAAACCGAAUUAAGAGGAAACAAGUUCCAUUGUAUGGCGUCCAAGGGAGAUUUCAAAGGAUAAAUGAGCAUCCGGGUGCAGGGUCUCAUUCAUUCUCUAUAGGAGUGACGGAAGUUCUUAACACAAACCUCCUAAUAGAACUAAGGGCUGAUGACAUAGAUUUCGUUUUCCAAAGGAGUCCUGGAAAAAUCAUGAGUGUAAAAGUUCCAACAUUUGAAGCCCUCACUCAGUUUGGGGUUGCCACAAUUAUGGUUACGAAUACCGGUGAAGUAGAAGCAUCAUAUAGCUUAACGUUUGACUGCUCAAAGGGUGUCGCCCUUAUGGAGGAACAAUUCUUCAUUAUGAAGCCAAAAGAAAUUUCGGCUCGAUCUUUUAAAGUCUAUCCAACAACUGAUCAGGCUGCAAAAUAUGUUUGUUCUGCUAUAUUGAAGGACUCUGAAUUUAGUGAAGUUGACAGAGCAGAGUGCCAGUUUAGUACUACAGCUAUUGUUCUUGACAAUGGAUCACAGAUUACUCCUUUCCAACCACCAAAUACCGGCGUUAAUGGUUUCUUUGAAUCUCUUAAGAAAAUUUGGAAAAACCUGUGGGAAAGUUUGGUGGACUUCAUCACCGGAGAAACUUGCAGAAGGAAAUGCUCAGGUUUUUUCGACUUCAGCUGUCAUAUACAAUAUAUCUGUAUGAGUUGGAUUGUACUCUUCGGUUUGAUCUUGGCGAUAUUUAUGACUGUCCUCGUGUUGCUAUGGCUCUUACACCAAAAAGGCUUCUUUGAUCCUCUUUAUGACUGUUUCGAGGAUCAUUUCGAGUUCGAUCAUCAUGGAGCUAAUGAUGUCCACAGGCACGGUAUCCAUAAUCACCGUUACCCCAUUCAUGCCAAAAAGCGUAUCAAGACCAAGCACCACAAACAUGAUGCUCGAUAUAAACGAAGCGGCAUUCACCAUGAUCACCGGCACAAUCAUUCCAAAAGGGAGGAUGAUUAUCAUCAUUACCUGCAUCAUGUUCAUAAGUACAAGCACAAGCACAAACAUAGGCAUGUCAGAAGUUCUAGCAUCAUACAAGAAGUCCAGUUGGAUAGAAGGAAACAUGAUGAUGUCGGACACCACAAGCAUAGGAGAGCACCAGAGCUAAUAGACAGACCAUUGAAGCUGAGAUAGAGAUAGUUCAUAGCAAGAUGAAGUUAUAAUCAUAUCAAUGGGAGG